AUGCCGUUGGGUUUGGAUACUCUGGACUUUGCCGUUCUUUGUGGACUGGCUUUGGCCGUUGCGGCCUACACCAGUAGAGAAAAACUGAAAAGUGUUCUUUCACCGGGUUCAGACAGUACCCGUGUGAAAAGUAUGUCGCGGGAUAUUGUGGAAACCCUUCGUGACAAUGACAAAAACUAUUUGGUGCUGUACGGUUCCCAAACCGGCACAGCUGAGGACUAUGCCAAGAAAUUCGCCAAAGAGCUGGUCUCCAAGUUUUCGCUGCGCGUUAUGUGCGCGGAUGUCGAAGCUUACGACCUAGAAAAUUUGCACAAUGUGCCCAAAGACAUCGUGGUGUCAAUCUUUCUGUCAACGUAUGGCGAAGGUGAUUUCCCCGACGCGGCCGUGCCUUUCGAAGACUAUUUGAGUGGUUUGAACAGUGGUGACCUCGAAAACGUGCGCUACUCGAUUUUCGGCCUCGGAAAUUCCACCUACGAGUUUUUCAACGGUGCUGCCAAAAAGGCUAAUAAGCUCCUCUCCGAAGGCGGCGCCAAACUUUUGGGUAAGUGUGGCGAAGCCGACGAUGGUGCUGGCACCACCGACGAGGAUUACAUGGCUUGGAAGGAGCAGUUUAUGGACCUGCUGAAGUCAGAACUCGCCCUCGACGAACACGAACAGAAAUUCGAGCCCAAUUUUGAGUACUCGGUUCUCGAAGCCACUAAAAAUGACAACACCGUUUCACUGGGUGAGCCAACUUCCCAAUAUUUGCCAAGUCAAAAGCUGACGUAUAGUCCAGAAGGGAAACAAACAGGUCCAUUCGAUGCCACGCACCCAUAUAUCGCACCCAUAGUCAGGUCGAAAGAACUUUUCCGCUGUGGUGAACGUAACUGCAUCCAUGCCGAAUUCGACGUGUCAGGUUCGAAUUUGAAGUAUUCUACGGGUGACCAUUUGGCCGUGUGGCCUUCCAACUCUGACGAGAAAGUGGAACAGUUUUUGAACUGUUUCGGUUUGGAUCCUGAGGUGGUCUUUUCGCUCAAGCCUAUUGACAACACCGUCAAGAGCCCCUUCCCACUGCCUACUACGAUCGGUGCUGCUGUGAGGCAUUAUUUGGAAAUUACAGGACCUAUCUCAAGACAACUGUUUAGCUCUAUCAUGCAAUUUGCACCCAAUGAUACAUUAAAAGAGAAAUUGAACGAGCUCUCCAAAGAUAAGGACCAGUUUGCGAAAGAAAUUCAUGUCAAAUACUUAAAUUUGGCGGAUGCACUUCUGUAUCUUUCUGGUGGUGCGAAGUGGGAUACUGUGCCCUGGAACUUUUUGGUAGAAUCUGUUCCUCACCUACAACCUCGUUACUACUCUAUUUCGUCUUCGUCUUUGAGCGAAAAACAAAGCAUUUCCAUCACUGCGAUUGUUGAAAACAUGCCUAAUCCAACGUCUGAAAAAGCCCCGCAUGUCACUGGUGUUGCAACAAACCUUUUGAGAAACAUUCAGUUGGCCCAGAACAACGAAUCGACUUCUGUCCUGCCGGUUCAUUACGACUUGGCUGGACCUCGCAACUUGUUUAGCACUUUCCAGCUACCUGUUCAUGUUAGACGCUCUACAUUCCGCUUGCCCACUAACCCCGCUACCCCUGUCAUUAUGGUGGGUCCAGGUACAGGUGUUGCGCCAUUCCGUGGUUUCAUCAGAGACCGUACCAAGUUCAUUGAGCAGCAACCGUCCAUCGCUUUGGGUAAGCAUCUGUUAUUUUAUGGUUCUCGCGAUGAAAGAGAUUUCCUUUACCAGGAGGAAUGGCCUGAAUACAGUAAAAAACUCGGUGAGUCUUUUGAGCUGGUUGUUGCACACUCACGUUUGCCCAAUCAGCCGCGUUCUUACGUUCAAGACAAGCUAAUUGAAAGAGAAGAUGAGCUUUUCGAUCUCAUUGCGAAUGAAGGUGCUUUUAUCUAUGUCUGUGGUGACGCCAAAGGCAUGGCCCAAGGAGUUCACGCUGCUUUUCUGAAAAUCGUGAGUAGAGGUAAGAAGUGUUCUGAACAGGACGCUGCUGAAAUUCUCAAGGUUUUCAAGUCGAGUGGUAAGUACCAAGAAGACGUCUGGUAA